AUCGAGUUGGCUGACAGCGCGAGAGACAAAGUAGUUUCCUCCUUAGCCUUUUAUUCCAGCACAUUAAAUCACAACCUUUACCUACCGGCUUCUGUGUCACUCCGCGGAUGUUUUGUGGACUUUUUCCUCCUCCGUAUCUCUACCUGUGAACCAUGCCGCGCGGGGGAAAAAAGGGCCACAAGGGCCGAGGGAAGCAGUUCAGCAACCCGGAGGAGAUUGAUCGACAGAUGAGACUCCAGAGAGAGAUGGAAGAAAGUGGUGGUGCAGAGAAGGAGAGCUCCUCAGAGUCCGAGGAGGAGAGCAGCAGUGAUGAAGAGUCUGAGUCUAAGAAGAGGAGUGGAGUGGAGGGUCUCAUAGAAAUUGAGAAUCCAAACCGUGUUUCCCAGAAGAGCAAAAAGGUGACAGAAGUAGACGUGAGUGCUCCCAGAGAGCUGUCCCGCAGAGAGAGGGAGGAGAUAGAGAAGCAGAAAUCAAAGGAACGUUACAUGAAGCUCCAUCUGGAGGGGAAGACGGAACAGGCCAGGGCAGACUUGGCCAGACUGGCCAUCAUCAAGAAACAGAGAGAAGAAGCUGCCAAGAAGAGAGAGGAACUCAGGAAAGCUGAAGAAGCCCAAGCCAAGCGUUAGUACCUCACCUGGAAGCCUCAACACACUCUUCAGUCUCAGGGGAAUGGAGGGAGCAGGACCUGAUCAGGGUUCCUCCUAAACUCCUGCCUCUCGCUUCAGAUCAGAGGGAUGUGGAACUUCUCUGACAGCCUGGACGGUAAAACCAGGUGAUCAUAGCUGGAUGAAGAGGAAUGCAACAUUGGGACAGCCUCUGUGGGUCUCCUCUGAAUACUGUGCAGGUUCAAGGGAGACCUGAGCUGGUGUACUUGGUGUUUCACAGCCUCUUCAUUAUUUCUCACCAGGGUUUUUACGUCUAAAGCUGCUAAAAGUUUAAUUCCUUUGGAUUCACAAAUAUUUCCCAGUACAUCUAAUAAAAGUUUACAGGACAUUUUAAAGUGAGGAUUUUUAUGCUCUUGUUUUGCAAGUCAAGAUGAUGAUAGACAACAGAAAACUCUUACAGUAAUAAUAAUCCAACCCUGCAGUUUGUUGUAUUCUAGGUUUUAAUGUCAUGCUUUACAUUUGAUAUGCUGCUUAGAUUGUUUUGAAUAAAACAAAUAAUCUGG